CAGUCCCUUCCCUGCCUUAAUCCGCGCCACCUUUUCCCUUGGCCCGCGCGGGCCCAGCUGACGGGCCGCGUUGUUUACCGGCCGGAGUCUAGCCUUAGCUCCCGCCGCCGCCACCAGCCCAGGUGCCCUCCCGUGCGCGCGUCCCUCUGUCUCAGACUCCACACAACGCGACCCACCCAGAGCUGCACCGAGAGGAGAAGCAGGAGACCCGGCCAGGGGACGCACCGCGGUGAGCUCUGGACCCUGCGAUCGCGGCCACGGGACCGGGCCUGGGUGACCCGGAGCUGUAGUCUGCGGGCCGCGCCACCGUGUUGUUUGCAGCCGAGGCCUCUGCGCUCUUCCCGGGACUGUCCCCAGGGCUCUCUAGGCUGGAGAGCUGCGACCGGUGAGCCACCGGCGUGAAAGAGAAGGACGUGCGGCCCCUAGCGCCUCUCCAGCGACCUUCUCACGGAGUAUGUCCCCAGUAGGCCGGCGUGGCGUUCUCUGAUCGCCGGGGUCCCAGCCCUCCUACUGCUAUGGGCUCCGGGAGAGGAUGUGAGACGACGGCUGUGCCGUUGCUGGUGGCCGUGGCCGCGUUGCUGGUGGGCACAGCCGGCCACCUGUACCCUGGAGAGGUGUGCUCCGGCAUGGACAUCCGGAACAACUUGACCAGGCUGCAUGAGCUGGAAAACUGCUCGGUCAUUGAGGGCCAUCUGCAGAUCCUCCUGAUGUUCAAGACCAGACCCGAAGAUUUCCGAGACCUCAGUUUCCCCAAACUCAUCAUGAUCACAGACUACCUGCUUCUUUUCCGUGUCUAUGGCCUGGAAAGUCUAAAAGACCUCUUCCCCAACCUCACAGUCAUUCGGGGCUCCCGUCUCUUCUUCAACUAUGCCCUGGUCAUCUUCGAGAUGGUUCACCUCAAGGAGCUGGGGCUCUACAACCUCAUGAACAUCACCCGGGGAUCUGUCCGCAUCGAGAAGAAUAAUGAACUCUGUUACCUGGCCACUAUCGACUGGUCCCGGAUCUUGGAUUCUGUGGAGGACAACUACAUUGUACUGAACAAGGAUGACAAUGAGGAAUGUGGAGAUGUCUGUCCAGGCACCGCCAAGGGCAAGGCCAGCUGCCCUGCCACCGUCAUCAAUGGGCAGUUUGUGGAGCGGUGCUGGACACACAGCCAUUGUCAGAAAGUUUGCCCAACCAUCUGUAAGUCACAUGGCUGCACGGCCGAAGGCCUGUGCUGCCACAAGGAGUGCCUGGGCAACUGUUCGGAACCUGAUGACCCCACCAAGUGCGUGGCCUGUCGCAACUUCUACCUGGAUGGUCAGUGUGUGGAGACCUGCCCACCACCCUACUAUCACUUCCAGGACUGGCGCUGUGUGAACUUCAGCUUCUGCCAAGACCUUCACUACAAAUGCAGGAACUCCCGGAGGCCCGGCUGCCACCAAUACGUCAUUCACAACAACAAGUGCAUCCCCGAGUGCCCAUCUGGCUAUACCAUGAAUUCCAGCAACUUGAUGUGCACCCCAUGUCUGGGACCCUGUCCUAAGGUCUGCCAAAUCCUCGAAGGAGAGAAGACCAUUGAUUCUGUGACCUCCGCCCAGGAGCUCCGCGGCUGCACCGUGAUCAACGGCAGCCUGAUCAUCAACAUCCGAGGGGGCAACAACCUGGCAGCUGAACUGGAGGCUAACCUCGGCCUCAUUGAGGAGAUUUCAGGGUUCCUGAAGAUCCGUCGUUCCUAUGCACUGGUCUCGCUUUCUUUCUUCAGGAAGCUGCAUCUAAUUCGAGGAGAGACUUUGGAAAUUGGGAACUAUUCUUUCUACGCCUUGGACAACCAGAACCUGAGGCAACUCUGGGACUGGAGCAAACACAACCUCACCAUCAGUCAAGGCAAGCUCUUCUUCCAUUACAACCCGAAACUCUGCUUGUCCGAAAUUCACAAGAUGGAAGAAGUUUCUGGAACUAAGGGGCGGCAGGAGAGGAACGACAUUGCGCUGAAGACCAAUGGAGACCAGGCGUCCUGUGAAAAUGAAUUACUUAAAUUUUCUUUCAUUCGGACAUCUUUUGACAAGAUCCUGCUGAGGUGGGAGCCCUACUGGCCCCCCGACUUCCGAGAUCUCCUGGGAUUCAUGCUGUUCUACAAAGAGGCCCCUUAUCAGAAUGUGACAGAGUUUGACGGGCAGGAUGCUUGUGGCUCCAACAGCUGGACAGUGGUGGAUAUUGACCCACCCCAGAGGUCCAACGAUCCCAAGUCUCAGACCCCAAGCCACCCUGGGUGGCUGAUGCGGGGCCUCAAACCCUGGACCCAAUACGCCAUCUUUGUCAAGACCUUGGUCACCUUUUCUGAUGAACGCCGGACCUAUGGAGCCAAAAGUGAUAUCAUCUAUGUGCAAACAGAUGCCACUAAUCCUUCUGUCCCCCUGGACCCCAUAUCGGUUUCUAAUUCCUCAUCUCAGAUCAUCCUAAAGUGGAAGCCCCCCUCCGACCCCAAUGGCAACAUCACGCACUACCUGGUCUACUGGGAGAGGCAGGCGGAGGACAGCGAGCUGUUUGAGCUGGAUUAUUGCCUCAAAGGGCUGAAGCUCCCCUCACGGACCUGGUCCCCACCUUUUGAGUCUGACGAUUCUCAGAAGCACAAUCAGAGUGAGUACGACGACUCGGCCAGUGAGUGCUGCUCCUGCCCUAAGACUGACUCUCAGAUCCUGAAGGAGCUGGAGGAGUCGUCAUUCAGGAAGACCUUCGAGGAUUACCUGCACAACGUGGUUUUUGUCCCCAGGCCAUCCCGAAAGCGAAGAUCCCUUGAAGAUGUGGGGAAUGUGACAACCACCAUGUCCACACUUCCAGAUUUCCCCAAUAUCUCAUCCACCAUUUUGCCCACAAGCCAAGAGGAGCACAGACCAUUUGAGAAAGUGGUGAACAAGGAGUCACUUGUCAUCUCUGGCCUGAGACACUUCACUGGGUACCGCAUUGAGCUGCAGGCAUGUAACCAAGACUCCCCAGAUGAGAGGUGCAGUGUGGCUGCCUACGUCAGUGCGAGGACCAUGCCUGAAGCUAAGGCAGAUGACAUCGUUGGCCCUGUGACCCAUGAAAUCUUUGAGAACAAUGUUGUACACUUAAUGUGGCAAGAGCCAAAGGAACCUAAUGGUCUGAUUGUGCUGUAUGAAGUAAGCUAUCGGCGAUACGGUGAUGAGGAGCUGCACCUCUGUGUCUCCCGGAAGCAUUUUGCCCUGGAGCGGGGCUGCAGGCUUCGAGGGCUCUCCCCAGGAAACUACAGUGUUCGAGUCCGGGCUACCUCUCUGGCAGGAAAUGGCUCCUGGACAGAACCCACCUAUUUUUAUGUGACUGAUUAUUUAGAUGUUCCAUCAAAUAUUGCCAAAAUUAUCAUCGGGCCUCUAAUCUUUGUCUUCCUCUUCAGUGUUGUGAUUGGAAGUAUUUAUCUAUUCCUGAGAAAGAGGCAGCCGGAUGGGCCAAUGGGACCACUGUACGCAUCUUCAAACCCUGAGUACCUCAGUGCCAGUGAUGUGUUUCCAUCUUCUGUGUACGUGCCGGACGAGUGGGAGGUGCCUCGAGAGACGAUCACCCUCCUCCGAGAGCUGGGGCAGGGAUCCUUUGGGAUGGUGUAUGAAGGCAAUGCCAAGGAUAUCAUCAAGGGUGAGGCAGAGACCCGUGUUGCGGUGAAGACUGUCAAUGAGUCAGCCAGUCUUCGAGAACGGAUCGAGUUCCUCAAUGAGGCGUCAGUCAUGAAGGGGUUCACCUGCCAUCAUGUGGUCCGCCUGCUUGGGGUGGUAUCCAAAGGCCAGCCAACGCUGGUAGUAAUGGAACUGAUGGCUCAUGGAGACCUGAAAAGUCACCUCCGUUCUCUGCGGCCAGAUGCUGAGAAUAACCCAGGCCGCCCUCCCCCUACCUUGCAAGAAAUGAUUCAGAUGACGGCGGAAAUUGCUGACGGCAUGGCGUACUUGAAUGCCAAGAAGUUUGUGCACCGGGACCUGGCUGCUCGGAACUGCAUGGUUGCCCAUGAUUUUACUGUCAAAAUUGGAGACUUUGGAAUGACAAGAGACAUCUACGAGACAGAUUACUAUCGGAAAGGGGGCAAGGGACUGCUGCCUGUGAGGUGGAUGUCACCUGAGUCCCUGAAGGAUGGAGUUUUCACUGCUUCUUCCGAUAUGUGGUCCUUUGGGGUGGUCCUUUGGGAAAUCACUAGCCUGGCUGAACAACCUUAUCAAGGCCUGUCUAAUGAACAGGUGUUGAAAUUUGUCAUGGAUGGAGGCUAUCUGGAUCCCCCUGAUAAUUGUCCAGAGAGACUCACUGACCUGAUGCGCAUGUGCUGGCAGUUCAACCCCAAGAUGAGGCCAACGUUCCUGGAAAUUGUCAACCUGCUCAAGGAUGACCUCCAUCCCAGCUUUCCAGAAGUUUCCUUCUUCUACAGCGAGGAGAACAAGGCGCCUGAGAGCGAGGAGCUAGAGAUGGAGUUUGAGGACAUGGAGAAUGUCCCCUUGGAUCGUUCCUCUCACUGUCAGAGAGAAGAUGCUGGGGGCCGGGAGGGAGGGUCCUCCCUGAGCAGCAAACGGACCUAUGACGAACACAUCCCCUACAGUCACAUGAACGGGGGCAAGAAAAAUGGGCGAGUCCUCACCCUGCCGAGGUCAAACCCCUCCUAACAGCGUCUUCUGGGGGAAGGUUCUUUAAUUUUCUUUCUUUUUUUAAAAAAAAACUCUUCUGUAGUUUGACUGCCUCCAGGAAACUCAGGAUUAUCAGGACUCUACCCAGAUGUGAAACUGAGCUCAGAGAUAGUUCAUACACAUUUCUGUUUGUCUUUUGACCUGAAAACACACAAGUGUGAUUGCCAACCCUGCGAGCCUGUGGAGGGCUAACUGUGAACCUACAGGGGUUGGGCUUUCCAUACGCCCUUCCCUGCCCCCACGGUAUCAAACCAAGAUUUUAGUGUUGUUGCUGUUGUUUUCCCCCUAGAUUGGAAGAAUGUACCUGUUCUUACAGAUAUUUUCCUUCUUUUGCUAGUGUCUGAGUUAUGGCUGUCAAAGACAGACUUGAUUUAUGGAGCACAAGUCAGAAAGCAAAGAAGAAACUGACAGAAAACAAAACAAAACACAACCUGACCCACAGAACCUGGUUCUAGAAUUCCAGGCUUUGCAGGGUUGCGCUUUGAGAAGGUUUCAUUCAUCUGAGAGAAGGAUUGAUUUUAGUUUUAAUUUUUUUCCUCAUUCACAAAAUCAGUUCCUCAAAUUGACCAAUAGCUGCUGCUUUUGUAUUUUAUUUUGGGAAAGGGUGUGUACUCCUAAGUGUGUGCUCAUCUGCACACCUGUGUGCAUUUGUGUGUGUGUGUGUUGUGUCCAGGUUAGAGAUCACAGGGUGGGGUGGGAUGGGGUGGGGCUGUGUGUGUAAAAUAUUCUCUGGACUGAUGCUUGGUGAAUUGGCUCAUGAAGCUCCUGCUGCUUGGAGUGGGUGACCUCAUAUUGUCCUCUUCCUUCUCGUUAACUGAGAGUCUGUGCCCUUGAGAGAUCCUUGUCAGUCACGUCAGAAGUCUUGCUCAGGUGUCUUCUUCCCCUUCCCUUAGGUGAUAUUUUCCAAAAACAGAGGGAAGAUUAUUUGGUCUAGAUUCAUUGAGGAUCUUUGAAAGACCAAACAAUGCAAAGGACACACACGCACACACACACACACACUGUAGAAGGUAGUAAGGCAACAAUUUUGAGAAUAUAUAUCUAACAUAUUUAAAGCUUAUGGGAUCUCUGGCAUGAGCCUAAUAAGUUAUUAUUUCCUUGGGAGCAGGGGAAGUGGUGGGCACAUCUGCCUGUGUGGGGAGAUAGGGCAAUACGUGAGUAGCCUCUGUGUUUGGUCUUUGAAACACAUAUUUUUCUGGGAAUUAUACCACAUUAGCUGCUAGCCUUUUAGGACUCGGGGAGUUCUUGUGGAGUUUGUGGGUAACUGGAUUUUUGACUGGUUCAGAUAGUAACAUUGACUGGAUGUUUCUUGCUUGGAUACACUGGUGGUGACCUGGAGCUGAGAUGGCCUUCCAGAACACCUGUGUUCAUCUGGUUUUUCUCUGCUUGUGUACCUCACUUCUUCAAGGCCUAUACUUUGCUCGAUCAUUGAAUAAACAUACUAAAUUCAGAUCCCAAAGACCAAUGACACAGACUUUGAGAACACUAAGCAAUAUAUCUAAGGAGGUUACCCUUCGGAUCCCUGUUGGCCUCCUCUACCAUUGGGGCAUCUGGCUGUUCUCCACACUAAACUCCCACAGCUGCUCUUGGUGCCCAGGGAUCUCAGCUUGGGCCAGAUGUAGUGCCUGAGUCUAUUUCUCAGGUGCUUGUGUUUUAGUCUCUAGAGACUAAAGUCUGGAGGAGAAAACAUCAGAGACUUUCUUCUCACCACCAAGAAGUCGUGAAAGGACGUGAACUCACAACUUUUCUUUGCAUAAAACCACAGCUGCUCAAGUAAAAGAAACAACUAUGGUGAACUCAAAAUCCUCCCAGAGGUUCUUUCCUGCGUGCAUUUCCUCACAAAUAUUUGAUACCUUUUUUCUCCCGUAGGAGAUAUGAGAUAAAGACACACUGACCACCCCCAAAUCCUCUUGCUUCUUGGUUGAGAACACAAGGAAACGUAAAUCCUGGUUGCCAAUUGCUGUCCAAUAUAUAUUAGAAAAAUUGCAACAUGUAAAAAUGUUACCAGGGAACCCAAUGAUUGAUACAAGAAGUAAGAGUUACAGUUUCGUUUACCCAAAACACUUUGUAAAUAGAAGGUCUGUGCAUCAAUGGAAGACACCAUAGGUCUGGAUAAUUUUUGUUUGUUUUUCCUUUUCACAGUAAAUUUGUAGUAAUGCUAUCCUAGCAGAAUUUUUCACACCUUUCUAAUUCAAAAGGUUUUCUUAUAGUACUGGGGAAAGUAUUUAUUUUAAUAUAUAAAAUCACUCUUGAAAAUCACUUUUGUAAAAAAAAAAUGGUAUGCAUGUAAAUUUUUUUAUCAAGGAAAAAUAAAAUCAGGUAAGAGUGGGUCAUUUUUCUUUCCUCCUUAGUACAGUCUACCUCAGUGUCUUAUUAGGAUGUGGUUCAGUAACAGAUGUUGAGGCUUCAGGAUUCUGACUGAAUCAUUCUCUGAGAUGGGGAGACCUUUGAAUGCCAGGAACUAGGCAUUGAAUGCUGUGUACCAGGUGACCUUUGAGAUGCCCGGAACUAGGAAGAAUUUUGAAGGAGAGAGUUGGGAUUAAAAGUUAGAGCCUUCCCGUGAACCCAGAGUCUUUGUGUUCUUGUGAGUAUAACCUCCUUCUAAAAGCCCAUCUGCUGACUGCACACUCCUCACACACAAGCCACACUUCAGGUUAUCAUAAUUUAGCCUCUUCAAGAGGUCCCUAAUCUAAGGUCUUUUGGUGAAAAGUGGGUGUUCCUUUUACUGAUGAAGCUAUGAGCACCUUCAGAUGUCACAUGAAAUCCCCCCUCACCCCCAGACAUGAAUGCAAAGGAAAUCUGGAUUCUCUGACCAUUAUUUCUUACCCUGUUUAGACCCAUGAGAUAAUUUAUAGGCAGCUCCUACACAAAUAGUCAAUGCAAGGGUAUUUGGGGAAAUCCUAAUAUAAAACCUAUCCAUUUCCUGAACAUAUCUUAAUAAAAUAGGAACCCUAUGCUGGGGUUUGGUUGACUUCAAGCUGACACUGUUUGGCCUUGUGCACUCUUGAGAACUCUGGAAAUCAAGAUGGGGUCAGCAUGGCUCCUGGUUUCAAGCUUUGCCACAUUAUUUCACUUUAGGACACUGUCCUUGAAAAAUUUACUCUUUUCCAUAUUUUCUGGAGAGGUGUACCAACUUGGGUGAUCCUAACAAAAAGAACUCCACUAAUUCCAUUUUGAUAUCUACUGCUGCUGGGAAGGAACCAAGUAGCUACUGGGUUAUGAGACUCAUUUUGGUUUCAGAUGAUGUUAGCUUUGUAAGAGAACAAUGUUGAGACCUAGAAAGUCGUGCCUACCCUGGGAGUUUGUAGUCAUGGGUGUGUGCGUGCGUGUGUGUGUGUGUGUGUGUGUGUGUGUGUGAGAGAGAGAGAGAGAGAGAGAGAGAGAGAGAGAGAGAACAAACCCAAGUUACAUUGAUAGUUCUUGUGUUUUGAAAGAUGUCUCAUUAUUUUAAAACUACUUUUAUGAUCAUGGUGAAAGCCAUGCAGUUAUUUCUUCCAGGAUAGUAGUGGGCAUGUUUUCUGUCUGGUUCAGUGAUGUCAAGCACACACACAUCAGGAAUGUUCUUGUACUUGGAGCCUUCCUAAGUGUUUCCUUGUCAUUUGAAGCUAGCUUUUUCAAGCCCUGAUGGCUUUCUGGGUUUAGGCUGAGCACAGUUUGGGAGAGUGUGGAGAUUGGCAGGAAGAGCUAAACUGUAUUUGGUGGCAGUUGGGAGUGGUGCCACCAACACAAGUAAAAAUCACCCUUACUAUCUUAUCAGGACAGACAUUCUACCACGCAGAAUGGUUAUUGGGUUAAGGACUGUAAUUUUAUUUGAAACCCACCAUAACACUGGCUGGUGGGCAGUAUCACUGUGAGAGUCUGGUCCAUACUGGUGAUCUUGGUAAAUGAAUGAUGGUUGUUCAGGCAAUGGUUCUUCUACUUUAUGAUAGGUGGAUGUAUUCCAGAUUUUAGCUGAUGAAUUCUUGACAACAUAGGCUCUUCAAAAAUUAUGGUUUUGUCAGACAUGGGAAAAGAAUAAUGCUGAUUUUGUGUAAAUGGUGCACAUAGCAUAUAACCAUUUUUAGAAAACCUUCCAGAAUGUUCCUCAGAAUAUGAAUUUAUACAAGAGAUGAAGUUGGGGAAUAGGAACACCAGAUUAUUGCUUGCUGUUUAAACUACAUGAAAUAAUAUGAUGGUCUUUUAAGAGGUCAUGACCGAAGGCAUAUGCAUCCUCAGAUAGUACUCAAGAAAUGGAGAUCAAUAAGAAUUUGAGCUAGCUUGAUACCAAUCAGGAUACAGAGUCAGUCUGGUCAAUUUUUUAACUGUAUGUGGAUCAUUUAAUAAAUAAACAAAAUGAAAGAAAAAACUUGCUAAAAAUCAGAUCAUGGUCCUGGAACCCUUGUUAUUAUUUGAGAAGAAAGGAAGGACCCUCAAAUGUGUGUGUGUCCAUUCACAUGUGCAGGAAUGGCUUGUUUGGUCCUUAUCCUUUGUAUCAAAGUUGCUGCUCCUUUCCCCUUUAUGUGCCUGGGUGGCUAUAUCCCAUGUGUCAACGAUGUGGGGUCAAAUGUGCCAUAGCACUGCAGAAAACGCAGAAAUACAAAACCCACCCGAAGCACAGUGACAUUUCCUACAAGAGCCAAGUAGCAUCAUGUACAGACUAUGCCUUUUUUGUGUGGGGAGGAGAGGGACUGAGAUUGUUCUGCAUGUAUUAUACAGGCUAAUUACUUGUUUAUAUUAAAAUUUGGAAUAAAUUA